UCCUGUAUAAGUGACAGGCAACUGCAACAACUAACAAGUAACUACCGUGUGUACUUACAAAACACAGCGUUGUUAGGGUUUUGCCACAACAGUUUCCCACUCUGCUUCACUCAAAUAACAAAGACAAUCUUCUCCACAUCACUGUGCGUUUCGUUGUUAUACUCAGAAUAGUCAUUUCCCCAUAGCGGCACGGAGCGUCUGACCCCAAAAGAUGGCGUAUAGCGGGAUGUAUGGCUUACGUUGACGAGGAUGGUUCUUCGGGUUCUGGAGAUGAUGUGAACAUGUUAGACGGACAAAAGCGUCCGGCUGGAGUUUCGGCUAGUGGUGGUCGGAAGAGAGGCCGAAAAGCUACUGGUGAUGCUAUAGUGGAUGCCAUGAUGCAGAUAGCAGCUGCUUCGAAAAUGAGGGCAAAUGCAAUUAUGAAGAACGAGGACAGAUUUUCAAUAAGCAAGUGCAUCAAUGUGUUGGAUGAAAUGCAAGAUACACCGAUCAGCAUGGAUGACAUUGACUUGGAAUUGGAUGAGAUGGAACUCGUUGCAGCUGCUGCUGGAUACUAUUAUUACAGCUCUUUAACCAAACAGCAGCCUUCUCGUUGUUUAUCGCCAAGGAGAUGUGAAUUCAUGACAGAAGUGUUGAACGGACCUGACGACUUUUGUCGAGAAAUGUUGCGGAUGGACAGACACGUAUUUCUCAAGUUGUGUGGCAUUCUUCGCCAAAGAGCCAUGUUACGUGAUACUGCUGGUGUAAUGAUAGAGGAGCAGUUGGCGAUAUUUUUAAACGUCAUUGGCCACAAUGAACGUAACAGAGUGAUUCAGGAGCGGUUUCAGCACUCGGGCGAAACCAUUAGCAGACAUUUUAAUAAUGUUUUGAAAGCUAUUAAAUCACUAUCGCGUGAAUUUUUGCAACCUCCUCAGCAUACCACAUCUCCAGAAAUUCUCAACAAUGCUAGAUUUUACCCAUAUUUCAAGGAUUGUAUAGGAGUAAUUGAUGGUAUGCUAAUUCCUGCACAUGUUCCAGCCAAAGAUCAAUCUCGAUUUCGCAAUAAGAAAGGUGUCCUAUCUCAAAAUGUGCUUGCAGCAUGCACAUUUGACUUGCAGUUUAUAUUCAUUUAUCCUGGUUGGGAAGGUUCUGUCACAGACUCGCGUGUGUUAAGGGCAGUCCUUGAUGAUCCGGAUCAGAAUUUCCCUCAAAUUCCUCAAGGAAAAUAUUACCUUGUUGACCAAGGGUACUUAAAUACAGAAGGAUUUAUCGCUCCUUUUCAAGGGGUUCGGUACCAACCUUAUGAAUAUCGAGGUGUCAAUCAAUUACCAAGAAAUGCAAAGGAGUUGUUCAAUCACAGACAUUGCUUUCUGAGGAACACUAUCUUGAGGUCAUUUAAUGUGUUGAAAAGUAGAUUCCCAAUCCUUAAACUUGCUCCCCAGUAUUCUUUCCAGAUUCAGCGGGAUAUAGUCAUAGCUGCUUGUGUUUUGCAUAACUUCAUCCGGCGUGAAGAAAGAAACGACUGGUUAUUCAGUAGUUUAGGGGGGACAUUCGUGGAUGAACUCUCGGAUCCUGAUGAACUUCCUGAUGUUCAACUUCUUUCUUCGAUGCAAGAACAGAUUGCGUUCUCAUUACGUGAAUCAGUUUCUGCAUCUAUGUUUGACGACUUAUUGAAUAAAUGGGAUGAGUGGUGAUUCUCGACUAAGAUCUGUUGUCGUUGAAUGGUGACUCGGUUUAUGGGUUUAUUGCAAAAGGCUCCAUGUGAUUUAGUAAUUUGCAUGUUACCUAUGAAUUUAUGAUCACUGUUUAAUUUGAUGUUUAGGUUAAUGCUCAUUGUUAUUGUGUAUAACAUGAAAUUUUGUAUAGGCUCUGCAAUCUGCAUAUAUUAAUAACAGUUUUAUUGAAAAAAUGGAAUUGUGAAGGAAUCUUGGGUUA